AUCGUGCGAGCGCGCGCCCCGAUCACCGGUAAAGGACGAUGCGGCUGUGUGCGCGCGCACCCUCCCCGGACUCGGUGUCUCUGCAGAGCGGACAGCUCCCCGCUCAGUCCUCCGCCGCUGACAAACUGGUAAAAACGCCACGUUUCCGCGCGGCUGUCGGUGCCACCGCCGCGGGGGGAGGAGGCCUGUAAGCUACACCGCAGUCCGAGCUCCAAUCCGGGACGCAGCGCUGCGGUUUGUCCGCUUUGGCCAUGGCGCAGCGGAGGAGGCUCAGAUGAAGGACGCCCUGCGCAUCGGCUAAAAAGCUGGAGGAACUUUCCUACUGCUGAAUUCCUCUGAACACAGAUGUGAGACUCCUUUAGAACAGGAAAAUCCUCGACUAGCUACAGAGGGAAGCAGACAAAACCAUCCAGGCCCCACUGGAGGUCCCGAAACCUCCCUUUGGGCACCACCGGACAGAGGGGGCGGUGUAAACAGUGGCAGGAGGAGCAGCAGGAGCCAUGGCAGACGCGGCGGAGUGCGGGGUGAGAGUGAUGUGCCGCUUCAGGCCCCUGAACGAGGCCGAAAUCAUCCGAGGAGACAAAUACAUCCCCAAAUUCAAAGAGGACGACACCGUGGUCAUAACGGGCAAACCGUACAUGUUCGACCGCGUGCUGCCUCCCAACACGACGCAGGAGCAAGUGUACGACCAGUGUGCCAAACAGAUAGUGAAAGAUGUGCUGGGCGGCUACAAUGGGACCAUCUUUGCCUACGGGCAGACGUCCUCCGGGAAGACCCACACCAUGGAGGGCAAACUGCAUGACCCGCAGCUGAUGGGAAUCAUCCCUCGCAUCGCCCGCGACAUCUUCGACCACAUCUACUCGAUGGACGAGAACCUCGAGUUCCACAUCAAGGUCUCUUAUUUUGAAAUCUACCUGGACAAGAUCCGAGACCUGCUGGACGUGUCGAAGACGAACCUCGCCGUCCACGAAGACAAGAACAGAGUGCCCUAUGUGAAGGGCUGCACUGAGCGUUUUGUGUCCAGUCCGGAGGAGGUGAUGGACGUCAUCGAUGAGGGCAAAUCCAAUCGGCAUGUGGCAGUGACCAACAUGAACGAGCACAGCUCUCGCAGCCACAGCAUCUUCCUCAUCAACAUAAAGCAGGAAAACAUAGAGACGGAGAAGAAGCUGUCCGGGAAGCUCUACCUGGUCGACCUGGCUGGCAGCGAGAAGGUGAGCAAGACGGGAGCUGAGGGGGCGGUGCUGGACGAGGCAAAGAACAUCAACAAAUCCCUCUCAGCGCUGGGAAACGUCAUCUCAGCUCUGGCUGAGGGCACCAAAACCCACGUGCCGUACAGAGACAGUAAGAUGACCCGGAUCCUGCAGGACUCUUUGGGAGGGAACUGUCGCACCACCAUCAUCAUCUGCUGCUCACCGUCCAUCUACAACGAGGCCGAGACCAAGUCCACACUCAUGUUUGGACAGAGAGCGAAGACCAUCAAGAACACAGUGUCUGUGAACCUGGAGCUGACGGCCGAGGAGUGGAAGAAGAAAUACGAGAAGGAGAAGGAGAAGAACAAGAACCUGAAGAGUAUCAUCCAGAGGCUGGAGGCCGAACUCAACCGCUGGAGAAACGGGGAGAACGUUCCUGAGGAGGAGCAGCAGAGCUCUAAAGAUCAGAGAAGCGGCGAGCCGUACGACAACACUGCCAUCAUCGACAACCUGCUGCCAGCCGGAGGAGGUGUCUCCGUCUCCGGUGACGAGAGGAGGAAGUACGAGGAGGACGUAAGGAACCUGUACAAACAGCUGGAUGACAAGGAUGACGAAAUUAACCAACACAGUCAGCUGGCGGAGAAACUCAAGGAGCAGAUGAUGGAUCAAGAAGAGCUGCUGGCAUCAACACGACGCGACUAUGAUAAGAUCCAGGAGGAGCUGUGCCGGCUGCAGACGGAGAACGAGCUAGCCAAGGAGGAGGUGAAGGAGGUGCUUCAGGCCCUGGAGGAGCUGGCAGUUAACUACGACCAGAAGAGCCAAGAGGUGGAGGAGCGAAACCAAGCCAACGCGCAGCUGACCGAGAAGCUGCAGCACAAGACGGCGCUGCUGUCGGUGCUUGAGAGGGAGGUGAGUCAGCUGCAGGAGCUGAAUGGCCUGCAGAGAAAGCGUGCUGCCGAGGUCCUCAACCUUCUGCUGAGAGACCUCAGUGACAUCGGUGCCAUCAUCGGCACCAGCGAUGUCAAGACGGCUGCGUGCUCAGAGAUGAAGGGGAACGGCUCGGCGCUGGAGGAGGAGUUCACCGUCGCUCGCCUCUACAUCAGCAAGAUGAAGUCCGAGGUCAAGUCUUUGGUCAACCGCAGCAAGCAGCUGGAGAGCGCCCAGGCCGACGCCCACCGCAAGAUCCAGGCCAACGAGAAGGAGCUGGCGUCCUGUCAGCUGCUCAUCUCCCAGCAUCAGGCCAAGAUAAAGUCUCUGACCGACUACAUGCAGAACAUGGAGCAGAAGAAAAGGCAGCUGGAGGAGAGUCAGGACGCUCUCACCGAAGAGCUCGCCAAACUGCACGCUCAAGAGAAAAUGCAUGAGGAAAAGGAGAAGGAGGACAUCUGCAGAGCGGACGGAGACGAUGACAUCAAGAAAACGCUGGAGGAGCAGCUGGAGAACCACAGGGAGGCUCAUCAGAAGCAGCUCAGCCGCCUACGGGAUGAGAUCGAAGACAAACAGAGGAUGCUGGACGAGCUCAGAGAUCUAAAUCAGGGGCUGUUACUGGAGCAGGAGCGACUCAUGUCGGAUUACGACAAACUGAAGGCGGAGGAGCAGGAGAAGAAUGCAAAGCUGGAGAGGCUCGUGCUGCUGAAUGAACAAAGGGAGCAGGCCCGAGAGGACCUGAAGGGUCUGGAGGAGACUGUGGCCAAAGAGCUGCAAACGCUGCACAACCUGCGCAAACUCUUCGUCCAGGACCUCACUGCACGGGUUAAGAAGAGUGCAGAGCUUGACUGUGAGGAGGGACUCAGCAACAUUGCACAGAAACAGAAAAUCUCAUUCUUGGAGAACAAUUUGGAGCAGCUGACUAAGGUCCACAAACAGCUGGUCCGGGACAACGCAGACCUUCGCUGCGAACUGCCCAAGCUGGAGAAGCGUCUGCGAGCCACGGCCGAGCGAGUCAAAGCGCUGGAGAACGCCUUGAAGGAGGCCAAGGAGAACGCCAUGAGGGACCGCAAGCGCUACCAGCAGGAGGUGGACCGCAUCAAAGAGGCCGUGCGGGCCAAGAACAUGGCCAGGAGGGGAUACUCUGCACAGAUCGCGAAGCCUAUCCGGCCCGGACAUCAUCCACUGUCCUCCCCGAUCUGCAGCUCCAUCAGAGCCGGAGGUGUUGAUAUUCAUAACAACUGAACCCACAACAGCAACAUAAUCCUACGACCAUAAACAACUCAACGCAUGCUCACCACCCCACCUGGAUCCACAAGCAACACCCCUCCUCUUGGAGCACCAAUGGGAGGCCUUCACGACAGACUGUCAUCGCUCGGAGAAGCACCAUCCAAACAUUGUGUAAAUACUGAUAUGAGACAUAUUUAAUUUGCUGAAUGUAGAUCUCAGAGGCCUCAUUUAUAACACAUUCUCUGUUAUAAGUUUAGUUUUCUGGAUCUUCUGAUGGUAGAUUGUCGUUAUUAUGCAACGGAUUAAAAGCUCGAUGUUCAGGAGUGAGGCCUGAAUCCGCUUCUGUAUUAGAAAUGAAAAUGAAGCUUACGUUUUAGGUUUGUGCAGCUUUACAGGAAAAGGCAAACGUGUCAGUUUUUAGAUAAGUGUUGAUUCUGCGUUCAUUUUAUCGAUUGAGAUAGUUUAACGUUUUAGGAAACAACUUGCUUUUUUCCUUUUUUUCUCAGUCGUCAUGAUGAGAGAAGUGACACCACUCGAGUGUAUCUGAUCAAUAUGAAGCUACAGCCAACAGACGGUUAGCUUAGGUUAGCAUAAAGACCAGGGAACGGCAAUCACAGAGGUCUUUGGUCCUGUACCCUAUAUACCUCUUUGCAAACAGCCACUUGUCAUUAGGUUGGUGAAAAUACAGAUGGUUGCCAGAUGGUUGCUGACUGGUUUCUAGGCCUAUGUGACUGACGCUACAGCAGCAUCCCUCCAAAAUGGCAGUCACACCGAAGACAACAGUUUACUAUGGAUAAACGCCUCAUCCCACUCUGUAGCCUAAAUGGCGACCAUUAGGUUGAUAAUUGCUCCGUGCUCUUUAUGGAAAUGCCGACUGGACAGUGUAAUCACAAAGUGCGUUAACUACAACUCAUUGCAAACAGAAGAAAAUUUAACAUGCAUAAUCAGCAAAUUACACCCCAGCUCAUUUACAUCAAUGCCUGAAGAUGAUUUCUGCUGUUAGCUGGGCAGCACUAACAGGUAUGCUACCUGCAUAUUUUGGAAAACAUCUACAACUUAUUAACAGAUCCUGAAUUGAAAAUCUCAUCCAUAUUCUUUAGAAGUAUUUUAACUAUGGACCAAAAAAUUGUACUCACCAAAAACAGACUCACUACAAGCUCAAAACUGUAAAAUGAUGGUAUGUGACAAAAAACAUUAAUGUAUUAUUUAUAAUAUAAGGGAGAAGAACUACUCUUCCCGCAAUCCUUAACUGAAACAGCGGCCUCUCUGAUUGGUGGAAGUUGCUGUUGGAUGACAUUGACCUAGGAAAUGUGUAAACCCACAAACAUCAGAGUGGACGAGUGGCGAUUGCAGUCAGGAACGUAGCACUGUGCCACAUCGAUAACUUGGCUAUACUCGACUGCACACGCACAAUACAAACUACAAACACUAAAUUCUAGAAGGCUGGAAGUCGGUUGCUAUGGAAUCUGGGAUUUGAUUGUAUUAUUGGAUGAGUAGUUCUUUCACUGUUAAAAGUUAUUAUGUACACAGAAGCGGGUCAUCUACUAAUUGGAAGGUCAGUGGUUCAACUCCGGGUUUCUCUAGUGUUCAUGUUAAAGUAUCUUUGGGCAAGAAACAGAACACUGAGUUGCCCCCAGUGCAUCCAUGAGGGAGAAUGCUAGGUUAAAAGCACUUAGACACAGUGAAUGCGUGAAUGAGGCCUGUAGUAAGAACACUUACAAACAGAGUCGAAAAGGACUACAGAAGUCCCAGACCCCGUACCUUAGCUUUUUUUUGUUUAUUUAUUUAUUUAGUAGAUUAAAUAAAAUCUGUUUAUGGUCACGAUUUAUCUUGUUGCUGGUUGGUUCAAGGCUUAAAACUUUUCUGAAACGUCAAUGGAGAAAAGGAGUGGAAUAUUUAUUUCUGGAAACAGAGAACUUGAAAUAAAAAUGGCUGUUUCUCCAUUUUAACCUAAGCUAACUAACUGCAGGAUGUAGCUUCGUGCUUACUUUUCUGGAUGUGAUUUGUAUCAAAGCAGGGCCUUUAAGUUUCUAACCUCGAUGAUGUUGAAGGUUAUUGCUGGAGCUGGGCAGCAGAAACAUGCUUCCACACAACUGUCUUUGCUUGUGUCUUGGUCUUGUCUUCCAGAUUUUAUAAUUUUUGUGUUUACACUUUUGUUUGAUUACAGGUGACAAUCAAUAAAGAAACCCUUUGAUUUGGUUUUAGAAAACAUGCUCUGGGCUUCAAAAAUGAUCUUUUUUUGUCGUUUUGCGAAGAGAGAUCUCAUACAAUUAAACUGCGCUACUAUAGCUCUUGAGGAACACUGACCAGCCAAUCAGUUGCUCCUAGGACUAUGAGGCUGGUUUAUAGCUCUGGUUUAAAGCUGAUUUAAAUUUUUUCUCCCCACACAAUUUCAGUGUCUGGAUCUUUGUAAUAGUCUGAACUCAAUCUGUAAAGUUUGUGAUUGGCUAGUCAGAGUCUUUAAAAACAGAUUCGAAGGCAGAAUAAAGGUUUUUCCCCUCAGGAGAAGUAAUUAAAAUCUCAGUGGAUAAGCUGGAUAAGUUUUUCCCUUCAGAAAACUCAAAUCAUCAAAACAGCACUCCAGCUUUAGAAAUUAACACAUUUCUCUACAUUGACUUGUGACUUUGUAACUUUCUUUUUUUAAAGUCAAAAAACUGUAAUUUAAUGAGGCCUCUUGACCCUUUAGUGGUACGUUAGAUGUUUGUGCUGCUUUCCUUUAUGCUGCCUGUUUAGCAUAUUUUUAUAUACAUUAUUGUCUCAGUGGAAAAGGCCCAAUACAGUUGUUCUUUAGUUAUAGUCUACCAUUUUAGUUUCUUUUAGGUAUCAAAGAGUAGCAGUCAUCCAGCUCGAGGACGAUACCUACAAUCUAGCUUGAUGACUGCUACCCUUCUAAUGACGACCCCUACGCUUUGAAUUAGCUUCUUGACCAGUAGCAAUCAUCGAGCUUGAUGACUGCCACCAUUCGCCCAGUCAUUGGGCUAGAUGAGUGCUCCCCUUUGACUGGUCAUCACACUUGACUGCUACCCUUUGAACAUAAGGCUGAGGACUUGGGUAGGAUUGGGCCUUAGUUGUGCAACGUGACUUUCGGGCUAGUUGCCUUUGUUUCUGUGGAUGUUGCUGUAGAAUAUUACAAUUUUGUAAUGGUUUAGUUGCAGGACAGCAACAAUCACAGACGACGAAUAAGUGAAUGUAACUGCAUGGACUAGAGCUUGUGUUAAAGGCAUGCUCAGGGAGGGCAGUUUCUAUACAGGAUGCAUUUACCUCAUCAUGUUGUACAUUUUGUUUGUUUUAGCUGUAGCAUCGUGUAUCCAAAUAUAUCUUACAACUGAUGCAAUUAAAUCUA